AUGGAGCCUGAGCUCCAAAAUGCCUCACUCCGACCGACAUUUUUUUGUUUUUAUGGAGGCUCUUGCGAAGAGGUGGUAAUCGGAGAAGUGGAGGAAGAACGUUUGAGAAAAUAUGAAGAGCAGUGUUUGAUGAAAGAGGAGGAGGAUAGGAAGGCAGAGGAAGCAACAAAGAGGAGGAAGGAGAGUGAAGAGGAGAUGUUGCUAAAGAAGUUGCAGGGAAGGUAUGUUGUGCAGGCAGCAACUCGGCAAGCAGAGCGAGCAGCGGCUGGGCUAGAUUUCCAGCCUUCUCUGUCUGCUAAGGAUCUUCGCCACACCAGCGAGCCAGACCCAAGAGUGCAUCCGUCUUCAAGCACCAUAAGUCACCGUCUCAGGUUCAACCACUUGGACUGUCAUGAGAACAAGGAGCAUGCCCUACGAAUUAAAGAUGCUGAAACGAGUGGUCUUGGGAGCUCAUCAGGAAAGGAUGCCAUGAUUAGGGGAAAUCAAAGUAAUGAAGCUGGCAAUGGUGAGAGAACAUCUGGAGAAGGGGUUAGUCCUAUGGCACAAGAGCUUGUAGAACCUGCACCUGACAAUGUCCAUAUUGACGCGGUUUUCAUUACAGAAGUUAGUGGCUCCAUGUCCCAGCCUGAUUUCCACUCCUCGCUGAUGGCAUCUGAAAGGAUCGUGCCUGGCUUGGAAGACGGCGAGGCAGCUCUCCGCAGGACUUCAUCCAGAGAUGUUUUGUCAAGUGAAAGAUCAGAUGUUUCUCAAUCCAGCUUAACAUCUGUGUUGCCUGCUACUUCAAGUGCAUCAUCCAUCAUUGGAGAAUCAAUUCCAGAUGCAACUGCUAGCAGAGAAGAUGUUCCAACCAUAUUCAGCGUGUCACAUGGUCAGAUUGGUGGAAGUACAGUGCAUGAAGACAUGGUUAGCAUUUUCUCAAAUGAUGGCCCAGAACACUCUAGAGAUUCGAGUAAUGGUGAAACAAGAAGAAAUCAUAGAAGGGUCCUAUGGGAUUCAUUUUCAAGACGUGGUUCUAGAGGUUAUCUAGAUUCAGACACUGAUGAUCUGGGAUUUUACAGUAGAUGGCUAGACCUUGGUGAUGAUCUUUUUGGAGAUGAGGUUGAGGAGGCACGAUACUUUCAUCGUAGACGCCAUGGUUCAAUCAGAGUAAACCAGUAUUCAAGAUCUCGGAUUAGGGAGCACCGUCGUGCUAUUUUUGAUAGUGGGAACGGACAAAGUACUGCUGCUUGUCCUUUGGGGAUUCACCAAAUUGGCAGAUGCACCUGUGAUGCAUUCUUGGUUGCUGAAGAAUCUAGUGCUCGUGCAAGUAUAUCAAGAAUUGUCAUGUUAACGGAGGCAUUAUUCGAGGUAUUGGAUGAGAUUCACCGGCAACCCUCAUCACUUUCACUUUCCAUGGCCUCUGCUCAAGCGCCAGAGGCUGUGGUUAAUUCAUUACCAUGUAAGAGCUACAAAAAGCUUGAGACAGCCCAAUGCAGUGCUGAUAUGGAACAGUGCCAUAUCUGCUUAACUGAAUAUGAGGAUGGAGAUCAGAUAAGAAGUCUCCCAUGCAAACAUGAGUUUCACCUGCAGUGUGUCGACAAGUGGCUCAAAGAAAUACACAGGAGGGCGCUGUGCGGACGGAUGCCUUGCAGCCCGGAUUCCGCACGAGGCCACACGGCUGGUCCUGGUCGUGUCUCUGUAGCGCCAGAGAAGAAUAAGAGCAUCUCCAGCUCUUCAGCCUCCAAGAGGUGCUAA